AUGUGGUUCACCAAACUUAAAAGUUUAAAUCCUGUUUUGAUGUCCCAAGCCUUUCGGAGCUCUACCAAAGCACAUACUUUCGACAUAGCCAUUGUUGGAGGUGGGAUUGUGGGUUUAGCAACGGCUCGUGAAUUAACACUUCGGUUUCCAAAAUUUCGGUUUGCCCUUCUGGAAAAAGAAGAAGAAUUGGCGAUGCAUCAAUCUGGCCAUAACAGUGGUGUUAUUCAUGCAGGUAUUUACUACACUCCUGGCUCUCUAAAAGCUAAGCUAUGCGUUGAAGGUUUGAAGAAGUCGUAUGAAUAUUUUGAAGCAAACAAUGUGCCUUACAAAAAAUGUGGGAAAUUAAUCGUUGCAGUUGAUGAACUUGAGCUUCCGCGUCUAGAAAAGCUGUACAGUUUUGCCCAGCAAAACGGUGUGCCCAAUGUUUCUUACAUUUCAGGUGAUAAGAUAAGAGAAAUCGAACCUAACUGUGUUGGUUUAAAAGCAAUUCAUUCUCCUGAAACAGGUAUAGUUGAUUGGAGAACAGUAACUUUAUCAUAUGCCAAAAAUUUCGUUGCGUCUGGUGGGAUUAUUUAUAAGUCCUUUAAGAACGUUAAUAGUGGAUCAAACAGUUCAGCUCAUAUUUCACAAAUCACAUGCAAGUAUGUGAUUACUUGUACAGGAUUGCAGUCUGACCGUGUUGCUAAGAUGUCUGGGUGUUCUCCAAAUCCUGUCAUCAUACCGUUUCGAGGUGAUUAUUUAGUUUUGAAAUCUGAAAAUUCCCCUUUAAUAAAUGGAAAUGUAUAUCCUGUUCCUGAUCCCCGUUUCCCGUUCUUGGGUGUCCACUUCACUCCACGUUUGGAUGGAUCCGUUUUGCUUGGGCCAAAUGCUAUCCUAUCAUUAAAUCGGGAAGGUUAUGGACGUUUCGAUGUUAACUUCAAAGACUGCUUUGAUCUCGCAUCUAACACUGGACUUCGGAAACUCAUUUUCCGUUAUUUACGUUUUGGUGUGAAUGAAAUAAUUGAUGGUUUAUUUAUUAAUCGCCAGGUCAAACGGCUUAAAAUGUAUGUACCUAGCUUAAGUGUUAAAGAUGUCUCCAGAGGCCCAUCUGGAAUAAGAGCCCAAGCGAUUGACUCAGAUGGGACGUUAGUGGAUGACUUUGUAAUUCAUUUUGGCGAUGGCAAGAUUGGUAAAAGAAUUAUGCAUGUACGUAAUGCACCAUCGCCAGCCGCAACAGCCUCUUUGGCUAUUGGUUGUGUGCUGGCCGAUAAAGCACAAGAGUGCUUUGAUUUAUCUCUUAGCGAAUCAAGAAGUUUUGUUUAG